GUACUCUAAUUCACAUGAACAGAUAGAUAAAUAGACAAACAAAUUAAACGGAAUAAAUCAGAAACUGAAGCCUCUCCCAAGCUUUAGAUGGCACACUUUAUUCUUCCAGGCUGGACGUUAAACCGGACCACAGACGCACACGAUCGCAUUCAAAAUGGCGACUCCCAUGCAUAGACUGAUCGCACGAAGACAAGCGGAGGCAAACAAACAACAUGUUCGCUGUCAGAAAUGCCUGGAAUAUGGACACUGGUCCUAUGAAUGCACUGGGAAAAGAAAGUAUCUUUAUAGACCUUCCAGGACAGCUGAGUUAAAAAAGAAGCUGAAAGACAAGGAGAACAAACCUUCAGAUGAUUUGGGACCUGGAAUAACACAGCGCACCGAGAAAAAAGCUAAGAAAAAAAGGUCCUCCUCCAGCUCCAGCAGCAGUGAUUCGUCGAGCUCUUCCAGCGACUCUUCCUCAGACAGCAGCGACUCCUCCAGCUCCUCAUCCUCGUCUGAAGACAGCAGCAGUGACAGCGAGGACAGCUCCAGCCCUUCCUCCUCGUCCUCCUCCUCGUCUUCCUCCAGCUCUGACUCAGACUCUGAUUCCUCAAGCAGUUCUGAUCAAGGCCCUCCGAAGAAGAGAAAAAAGAAGAAAUGAGGGUCCAGCUGAAUGAUUCAAACACAGAACUUGUAUCGUACGUCGACAGUACGUGUGUGAGAAGGCUGGGAAGUGAUGAAUGUGAAGAAACGGAGAUAUAUUGUCAUCCUGUUUUGUAAAAUGUAAAAUCACACACAUCCUCUGUCACAUUCACUUUUUUUACCUUGAAACAAAUGCAACUUUUUGUUUUCCCUUCCUGCCAGAGUGUAGUGGCGUCUCAAACCUAUGAAUUAAAAUACUAUAACGAUUUAUUCAUUCAUACUGAUAUUUUCCGUCUUUUUUAAUGUAAAGAUCCAUUUUUGCUUCUUUAGUUUGAUUUUGAAUUGUUUUGUUUUUUUUAAAGUAGGGAUGAUGGCAUAAAAAAGAGGCUGUUUUUACAUUUUAAGAUGUAAUAAACUGAUUUCUUACAGAGAGAAAUGUAGCUUCUGUCAGAUAAUAAUGUUAAUACUGCAUUUAAAUCUUUUGAAAGGAAGCAUGUCUCAUUCGUCACAUUCGAUUCACAGCCAUAUAUUUGUACACAUCGCUUCAUAAAAUAUUUAUAAAGCG